CGCCCCCAGGCGCGAGCGGCUCGUUCCCGCCCGCCGCGCAGGACGGCGGUGACGCGCCCCGUUCCCCGCCACCCCGGGCUGGCGGCCCCGCCAUGGCGGCGGUGCGGGACGUAGAGAUCGACCCCGAGGGCACGUUCAAGUACAUCCUGGUGCGGCUGCAGCGCCCGGGCGGCGGCGAGCAGCGAGACAUCGUCCGCGGCACCAAGGCGGCCGAGUUCCACAAUCACAUAUUUGAAAAAGUAAAUCCUGAGAUGGAAAAGCUGGGAUAUGAAUGCAAGUGCCUUGGAGGAGGGAAAAUUGAUCAUAAUAGCAAAGACAAGAAAAUUAGGGUGUUUGGGCUUUCUACAGGCUAUGGAAAAGCAGAUCAUUCAGUAACUGUAGAGAUCCUGAAAAAAGUAUAUACAGAUUAUGAAAUUACGUGGUCGGAUGACAAGAAAUAAAUCAGCUACUUAUGAACACAACAAGCAGUUUAAAACUGGUAAUUCUGUAAGCUCUACUUUAAUAAAUAAAAUUGAAUGUCUAUGUUACCAUAAA